AUCCGAUACCAAACAGCCCCUAAGACACGCGAUGCUAGGAUUUGUACAGCUCUCUGACUCCUUGCUUUUUGUUCCAGUCUGUAUGAAAAUUACUCAGCAAUAAGCAAUUUUGCAGUUAUUUGAUCUUUCGUUCCCAUGAAGGCAAAGCCAAUGUCGGACAUGUUGAUGAGUUCUCGCAGAAUUAAACCCUUCUUGCUAAGCUCUGAGGUGAACGCCUGAUAGGAUCGCAUUCAGAUUGAGAGCACGAGCAGAGAAAGAAGAUAAUGGCGAAGGGCAGGCGAGAAGUACCGCCUUGUUCCAAGACCUACGGCCUGCCGCUGUACUGUGCCGCGUGGGUUCCCCUCGAUCGGAUCUCCUCCUCACCGGAUGCCGUCGCCGCUGCCGAAGAGGCGUUAGAAAAAACGGAGGAUGAAGGAAACACCCCUGCGACAACGGAAGGCGAUGGAGCGGCUGACGUUGUAGCAAAUUCCGCCCUUUCUCCGGCUCGUGCCAACAAGCUAUUGCUUGCGCUAGGUGGAGGCGGGGGCGAGGGGCACAGCGGCGUCCCCAACGCUAUUCUUCUCACCCUCUUCGAUUUUGAAUCUCGAUCCCUCUCUGAUUAUCCGGUGCACAGGGUUGGGACGGGAGAGGAGUUACCGUACAGGAUGACGAUGCAUCCCGGAGGUGAUGGCUUCAUUUGCUCGUUUCUCAAGAGUUGCAGGUGCUUUGAGUGGGACAUCCCCAAUAGCUUGGAGCCGAGUAAGCUAGUAAUUAAAUCCUCUGGAUAUAUAUUACAGCAGCUAGAAGAUGUUGGGUUGCAGUUAGCGCUAGCCUUUAGUUGUGAUGGUACUGCACUGGCAGCUGGUGGUGAGGAUGGCCAUUUGAGGGUUUUUAAUUGGCCUAGCAUGGACAUUAUCCUUAACCAAACCGAUGCGCAUACAACUGUUAAGCAUGUGGAUUUCAGCUCCGAUGGGAAGUUCCUUGUUUCUCUAGGAGGCAGUGGCCCUUGCAGAGUUUGGGAUCUGGAAUCAUCAACUUUUGUAACAAAUCUACAAGUAGAGGAAGGUGAAAAGUUUUGUUUCUGCAGAUUUUCUGAGAGUAGUGAUAUCCUAUAUGUUAUAUCAAUGCAUGAUGAUGUGGGAAAGGUCAUUUCUUGGAGCAGCUCUUCGUGGAAGAGAAUCAGUUUAAAAAAGAUCGGGCAUGAUCCAAUUUCUGCGUUCAGUGUAUCAUAUGAUGGCAAAUUCCUUGCAAUUGGCACCGUAGAAGGUGACAUUGCAAUCAUUAAUUCCUCAGAUUUCAAGGUCCAGAUGUCAGUUAAAAAAGCACACCUUGGUCCUGUUACUGCACUAGAGUUCUCCCAAGACUCCAGGGCUUUGGUAUCUACUUCCUUCGACUCAACUGCAAGAGUGACGGUAAUAGAGAACACAAAAAACAACGGGUCAAGCCUGUUGCUCGCUUUUUUGGUUAUUUUACUGGCCAUUCUUGUUGUAUACUUCAUAAAGUGACGAGGUCCUUUGAUGAACAAAUCACGUCAAGAAGCAGGUCCUUCAAUGAAUUUUGUUUUAUCAAAGUUUCUUAUUUUGUAUGAGUGCAAGUAUUAUCCACCUCUUUUAUAUUGCCAUUAUAAGUUCCACUUGAUUUUGCAAGAUAAUUGUGUAAAAGUAAUUUGAAAAUUAAAAAUAUAGGUGAUUGUAUAGUUUAGAUUCUGAUAUUUUCAGCUUCAAUGCGCUUGAAACUAUUGACUGCUAUGCAAUGAGUUAAGCGUCCAGAAAUUAGAUUUGUUUAAAUUAA